UGUUCCUCCAAUGGCAACUCCCCAACUAAAUUCUUCGAUUACAGCAUCAUCUCAAACUGAGAAUUCAGAUCUGUGCACUCCUACAAAGCAUUUGCCUAAUGAUUCGGUCUCAAUGGUUCGGGUAAUUGUGCGAGUUCGUCCAUUCCUGCCUCAUGAGGGUUCUGGUUCCGGUGAUAUUGCUAUCGACAAACCAAUCCCUUGUGUAUCCAUCCUUGAUUCACCACUAGAAUCUGCCUCAGAAGUUACUGUUCACCUCAAAGAUCCAUACUCUUCUCGUAAUGCGAGUUACAAGCUAGAUUCAUUUUAUGGCCAAGAAGAUAACAAUGUGAGGCAAAUCUUUGAAAGAGAAGUGAUGCCUCUGAUUCCUGCAUUACUAAAUGGUUCCAAUGCCACUGUGUUUGCUUACGGUGCUACUGGUAGUGGGAAGACUUUUACAAUGCAGGGAACUGAUGAGCUGCCCGGUCUAAUGCCAAUGGCAGCAUCAACCAUACUCUCUAUGUGCGAGAACAUGGGGAGAACUGUAGAAAUUUCAUACUACGAAAUAUACAUGGAGAGGUGUUAUGAUCUUUUGGAAGUCAAAACAAAGGAAAUUGCCAUUUUUGAUGAUAAAGAUGGACAUCCUCAUCUCAAAAGACUUGCCAAAAUCCCAAUCCAUUCGAUGCUUGAUUUUCAGGAGGCCUUUUUCUUUGGAAUGCAGAGGCGAAAAGUUGCACACACAAGUCUUAAUGACGUCUCUAGUAGAAGCCAUGGGGUACUAGUCAUUUCGGUUUCAAGACCUUGUGAAAAUGGUCCUGGGAAUACCAUGAUUGGGAAACUAAACCUUAUUGAUUUAGCAGGCAAUGAAGAUAAUAGGAAGACGGGUAAUGAAGGUGUUCGACUUCUAGAGAGUACAAAGAUCAAUCAAUCCCUGUUUGCAUUGUCAAAUGUAAUUUAUGCACUCAACAACAACAAUAGCCGAAUUCCCUACCGAGAUAGCAAGUUGACACGGAUUUUGCAGGAUUCACUAGGGGGAACAAGUCAUGCUUUAAUGGUCGCUUGUCUGAAUCCUGGGGAGUAUGAACAAUCUGUUCAUACAGUUAGUUUGGCAGCUAGGUCCCGGCGCAUAUCCAAUUCUGUGCACUCAGCUCAGAAGCAUAAUACCUCAAAUAUUCAAGUUGACAUGGAGGAAAAGCUUCGGGCAUGGCUUGAAUCUAAAGGCAAGACAAAGAGCACUCAGCUACAGGAAAGAUUUCGUUCUCCACCGCUCACUAGAACUCCUUGUUCUAUAACCUCUAUGAAGAAGCUCAAUACAUUCCAGAGUUCUGGAAAACCCAAGGCAAUUAGCAGUAAAAGCUUUGUGAACCCGAAAGGGAGGUCAAAUAAUGAAGGUUUCAUAAGUUGCUUAAUGGGGACAGAUGAAACAGCUUACAAGAAUAAAAUAAGCAAAAAGUUGCUGCUUUCUGGGGACAAAAUUUUGUUAGAAUCAACUUCAUGCACAUUAGACCAACAGGCACAUAAUGUUGAAAAUGCAACCAUGCCCAUGAUCAAAGAGGAUUCCCUUGGAUCGUGGCUAACAAGUGAAAGAACUCACGAGUCGAGGAACGUUCUAUCUCCAAUCAAAUCCAAUGAAAACAUGGAUGACAUCUGCAUGGCUGUUUCUGAUCCAAUGACUCCCAAACAGUUUGUUUCAGAUGAUAAGACUGAAAAUACCAACACUCCACUCAAUACAUUUAAAGCAAUGAGUUGUAAUUUGAAGACAACUCUUGCCCAAGAAUACAUCAACUUCCUAAACAUAGCGAGCAAGAUGGAGCUGCUGCAGCUGAAGGGAAUUGGAGAAAAGAUGGCUGAAUACAUACUUGAGCUUAGAGAUACGAGUCCAUUGAAAUCGCUCAAUGAUUUGGAGAAGAUAGGCCUUUCAUCCAAGCAGGUUGGUAACAUGUUUGGAAGAACAGCCAAAGGGUUGUUUGGUUGAGUUUAGGAACAUCUAAGUAGGUUAUUGAGCAUGCCGAAUGCAGGCACUUCAUUUUCGUGCCGUUAAAUGACCAAGAUCGAAUGCUAGAUUUCUAUAUCGCGUAGUAAAAGU